UGGCUGUUGUGCGAGUGACAGCGGGAGCGGGAGCGGGAGCGGGAGCGGGACCGGGGCAGCGAGAGCCGGAGCCGGAGCCGGAGCCGGAGCCGGACAGUUGGGUCGGCCGCACGGGCACGUUGGCAGAUGGACGGAAGGAGCGGCCGAGAGAAAUAAAGAGAGGGGGUGGGGGGCAGACAUUGAGCCUGGUCAGCACCGAAGUGUGAACAUAGCGGAGGUGACUCACGGCCACGCCGGGGAGAAAUUGAAAGGAUACAUGAAUAUAGUGAAAUUAUGGCAACUACAAAACAAAGAAACCCAAUAGAACCCAUUAAAACAAAAGAAGACUAUCAGACACCCAACGUGCAGAAAAAAAAGAAAGAAAAAACCAUGCAAACGAUAAAAGAUGCAGCAGUGGACAUCAUUUUAAAGACUAAAGAGGAGAAAGAUGCAGAACUUGAUAAGAAGAUAGAAGCUUUGCGAAAAAAGAAUGAAGCGCUUAUGAAAAGAUAUCAUGAAAUUGAAGAAGACAAAAAAAGGGCAGAACUGGAAGGAAUGGCAGUUCUCACUCGCAAAAGUAGACCAGAGAGUCUUACCAUUACGAUUACAAAAUCUCCAAAUGAAAAGAGGGUGGUAAGUGAGAAACGGAUGAUUGGAGGAGCAAGCGACCUUAAAGGUUGUGAAGCAGAUGCAGGUCACAGGUUCUCCAUAAGAAGAGGACAACGGCUUCGCAGAUUUGUUGUGGAGGAAAACAAGGCAAAGGAUUGGGAGGAAAGGCGAAAGAAAAACAUAGAAAAUUUCAAUGAAGAAAUGGAGAGAAUAGCAGAAUAUGAAAAGAAUCAGCGGGAAGGAAAAGUUGACAGGAAUCCAUUUAGAAAUUUCCUGGAUGAUCGUCGGCGUACAGGUCCCUUGCCUGAGGGGGAUAAGAAAGUUGGAAGUCGACGUCAUGUGCAGAACUGGGGCAGCUCUGACUUUGAGAUGGUAAAAUAUGAUACUGAAAAGAAGUGCUGUGAGAAAGACUGGCAGGAGGGUGGGAUUCCAGCACAGAAAGGCACCGUGGAUAUGACCAUGUUGAUGACGGGGCGGGAGAGAGCAGAGUACAUCCGCUGGAAGAAGGAGCGAGAACAGAUUGAUCAGGAAAGGUUGGCACGUCACAAGAAUUCCAAAGGAGAAUGGAAAAGGGCAUGGGAUGCAAACAAAACUGAGGACAUGUUUCAAGAAGAUUUUUCUGUGGAAAAUGAGCUUGGCUUUCAGAAGAGAAAAGGUGGAAGAAACACGAGGAAGUGUAAUGUACGGUUUCAGAAUCACAAUAUACGAGAUGAUAGGAAUCAUUCUAACAAGACCAAGGAAUUAUUUCCGUGGUUUGAAGCCACAGACAGCAGUAAAUCAAAGGGCAAAGACAGACUGACUGGGAGAGCCAGAAGCUUUAAGAUGGAUAAUAAAACGAAGACUGAAAUACAAAGAGAUGCUGCAGGACAAGAUGCUGGAGAAGAUACAGAUGAUUCAAUGAAUGUGGAGAGGGACACUGCUGAACCACGAAACUGCCAGGCAAGUUCUUUAGAUACCAAAGAAGUGCAAAGAGCUCUGAUGGACAAUGAAGAGACUGUAAACAAGCUAAUGCAAAGCAGCAGAAAAUUGGGUAAUCUAUCAUUAGCUGAGGAGUUGAUGCAGAUCAAUCCUGUAUUGUGCCAUAAUACUUCAGGAAAAACCAGUUCUGGUUCCCCUUCAAAAAAUGGGAUUUCUGAUCACUCUGUUCUAUCAGGGUGUGAUUUACAGGAUCGUGAAGAGACAAGAAAUGUGUUAAAUCAUUGUUCCUCUAAAGACGCAAGUAAACAGAGUGAGAAAUCGGUGGUGAUUGCCUCUGAUACAAAGUCAGACCAAAGCAUUGCCACAGAGAAACAUAUGAUAUUAAAAGAUGGAGUUCCACAUGAACUUGAGCAGUCUACUUGUCCUGAUGCUCCUGAUGAUAAUUCAGCAGUACUGCAGACAAGUCUUCCAAUUGCUAUUUCUGUUGAAGAAAGAAUGAUAUUCUCUUCAGCUGUUGAUGUUGCAACGGAGUAUUUGGCAGCUUGUGUGAAAUUGGAGAAUCAGUCUGCAGAGGAAACCACUAGGAAGUCGCAGCCUGCACUGAAAACUGAUGCCCCAGAAAUUUUGCAUGGUAACUGGGAAAUAAGUGCUUCUGAUCACAUAGGUGGAAAUGGUCGUGAGAACCAGAACCCAGAGAAUUAUCACAAGGAACGAUCGGGAGAAAAUAAACAAAAUUACACUGAUUUCAUGGAUGGUAAUGAAAUGCCGAGCAUUUCAGCAGUUGCUUUGAAGCCAAGUACAAAGAUUCCACAUGAUGCUGCUGCUUUAGAAAUUAUCAAGACUAUGAUUGGAAUAAUGGAUGAAGAAAAAUGAAAUAAAUCCCUUGCUGUCAGUAUUAUAUAAUCAAUAUUUCAAUAUUCUCCACCUCCUUGGUCCAUUUUCACAUCAAUAAGUUAUUGACAGUAUCUGUAUUGCAGUGUAUACCAGAUUUCAGUGCACAAUUAGAAGCCUUGUGCCAGCUAAGGCCCAAACAUUAGGAAACAUUUCAAUAUUAACUUCACUUGCUUUUCUAUCAUUUGUUUAUAUUUCUAUAAUUUUAUUUCUUACAAUUAUUACAAAUUAAGCAAUUAAUCUGUUUUAUAACUAAUUUUAUUUGGAUUUUGUGAAACGUGAUACUUUACUUGAAAAUGGCUGCAGGGUGGAAGCUUUUUAGCACAGUGUUAGGAUAACAAAGGUCUCUAUGAAUAGAAUUAGGACAUUGAAUUUAACAGGUAUAUUUUUAAAUCACUGGCCUCGUGGUUUCAACCAAAUAUUUUGGGAUAAUAUUGCUAUGAAUAGUGAUUGAUAUAUUCUUGUUUCAUCAACAAAAUUGUUUUGGAAUACUUCUGAUUAGUGCAGAAAAACGUUUAACGUAAAUUGAUUUGACAAGCAUAAGAAGUGAAUAUUUUUCAGGUAGAAAGCAAUUAAACAGGAUCUUAAAGAAUGACAAAAUGAGUUUGGGCUUAUCUGAAUUCUGUCCUGUAGAAACUGACAUACCUUAAACGCUGUUUUAGAAAAACUUCCUCACCUAAAAAGUCUUUGUGAGAUAGGGCUAGUGUGGGCCUGGAAUGUGAGUCUGAACAGAUUGCUGUGCUGAUUGUUCUCUGUUACCUUAAUUAUACCUCAUCCUGUAUUUAUACCACAUUGAAUGUUCCCCUUACUUGCCUUUUCAUGUGGUAGCCACCACUUACAUAUUCAUUCCCGUUUCAGUGGUUCAAUUUAAUAUCAGAGAAUGUUUACAGUAUACAACCUGAAAUUCUUACUCUUCAUAGACCUCCACAAGACAGAAGAAAAACCCCAAAGAAUGAAUGACCGAAAACAUUAGAACCCCAAAGUUAUAUUUUGAUAUAAAAAAUAUAUCGAAGUUAUGUUUUGAUAUAACUUUUCAACCGUUGUGCUAUGUUUAAUAUAUUCAGUUGCUUCUCGGUGACCAGCAGCAUUACAAUCAGACAGGACAAUGUAUUUAACUCCAAAGCUAAAAUAGAGAUUUUUUUAAUGAUAGCUAUUCACGACAAGUUUGGGACAAAACAGUGCAAAUUAAGAUGUGAAGUAAGAAGUAGAGGUUAAAUGCCUUGCUCUGGGACCUGGAAGUUUUCACUUCGCUCUGGUUAUAGAGUAGAAAGCUGAAAAUUGGCAUUAUAAAUACCUCCUGAGUGAGCAUUUCUCAUUCGUAAUUCUGAGGGAAUUACACUGAGGCCAGGACAUAAUGUCUCAAAACAAAUAGCUCUUAGACUUCCAAGAUCCAAGAUAAGGACAAAAUUGAAACAAUGGCAUUCUCACCAUUUUGUUCCUUGUGAUGAGCAAAAUGCACAUUAUUUUAUUCAUGGCUUUUCUGUGACAACUGCAUUGGUGAAGGGAUCUAGGGACUGUAAUCAUGCAGAAUUUCUAGUUUUCAUCAAUAAUUACAGUUCUUCAAAACAUAAAGACCAAGUUUACUGUGUGAUCUCAGUCAGUACUGAAAGAGGGGCAACUAAUGCAGCACAGGGGUGGCAGAAAGAUGAUGUUUCUAAAUUUGGUAAUGGUCACUGUGAGUUUAUGCUUCACACAUAUUGUCAUUUCAGUUAUUUGAAAUUUACAGUUAAUUGAAUAAAGUUGAUAUUUUAUUACUCUUGUCCAAGCAACAGUGAGGAUAAGAAAUCCAGGGAAAACUGAUUACUGAUGUAUAUGCUGAAGCAUGGUUUGGAGUUUACAUAUUUAAGCAGUUACUAUCUGUGCCAGCUUUAGACUGGAUUGAAAGUUCAAUUCCAUGGUUAUUAAAAUUCAGUUGUUUUCUGUUUAAGGGUGAUUCUGGGAGUUCUUCUUUGAAAUAGUGAAUGCUUUACACAGCUCUAUAUAACUCAAUAAAACUUUAUAAAACUUUGAGCCAUUAGCUGUCAAUUGUAUUGGCAAUCCAAAUGCAGUAUGAUGGAUCACAGAUUUAUGUUCAUUCCUUUGAGGCAUGGGAAAUCAUAUGAAGAAAGCAAAAAACAUCACAAUUCUUGGAGAAAGAAUAAUAGUAUAGCACACCCUCGUCCUUUGUUAGCCUUACCUAAAGAGAUCUGCGACCUGAUAUAUGCUAAAGAGGAUUUUAAAACAGGAGUUAUUAAAAUUAACUAAAGAUCAGUUGAAAUAUUAUUUUUCUCAUUGAUGCAACUUUUACUGGCUUUGUACUCUGUUACAUUAAGAAUUUAUUAAGCAUUUGAGUGCUAGGAAAGAAAUGUUACUAUACAUGCUACCUAAUGUUGCAUUUUAAUAGAAGAUGCAUUUUGUGAAGUUGUGUGUAUCUCACAUUAGGAAUGUUUAAUAAAUAUAACUCUGAAUCUUUGAAGUGCUUAAUAACGUGAAUCAUUCUUCCAUUAAUAUUUACAAAGGCCAUG